UCGAGUUUUCUGCAGACGCCGAGCUUGGCAGUCAACUCCCGGCUGCAGUUGCAGCACCUUGUCGGCUCCGUAAUGUCCUUGAACGCUACAGUCCUUCACGACUCAACACAGAGAGAUAUUUAUAAACGAGCAUUAGGAAUUUUAACUGGGACAGUAAAAAUUAACUGAAAGGACGAAGAAAUCCCGGAUCUCAAGAUGCUCUGUUAUAAUUAAUCGUGGCUGUAUUUUUUCUAGUCUACGCAACUUAUCUAUGAAGCAAACACCGCACUGGGUCGCGGGAUAAGUAUACUGAAGAGGAACUGCAGCAGCUUAACUUUGCAAGCUGUUGUUACAUCAUUAUCAGACACGCAACCGGGAGCUCGCAAGCGAAGGAUCAUCUUUUUUAUCCAGCCGGCUCUUGCAUGGCUACACCAUGGCUACCUUUAUAUGCAGGGUUCAGUUUUUAGAUGACACCGAUCCAUUCAACAGCACUAAUUUUCCGGAACCAACAAGACCACCGCUCUAUACGUUUAGGGAGGAUAUUGCGCUAAUAAAUCAAAUAGCCGGAGUCCACAGGAUUCUUAAAGCCCCACACAAGCUCGAUGACUGCGCUCUCCAGCUCUCUCACAGUGGCAACUACCUGGAUCUGGAAUCCAGCCUGGCGGAGCAGCGAGAAGAACUGGAGGGAUUUCAGGAGGACGGUGGCGGGAGAGGCAAGAAGCACAGUAUCGUCCUGCGGACGCAGCUUUCGGUCAGAGUUCACGCCUGCAUCGAGAAGCUGUACAGCUCCAGCGGACGAGAGCUCCGGAGGGCCCUGUUCUCUCUCAAGCAGAUCUUCCAGGAUGACAAGGACCUGGUCCAUGAGUUCAUUGUGGCUGAGGGACUGGCUUGCCUGAUCAAGGUGGGAGCAGAGGCUGACCAGAACUACCAGAACUACAUCCUCAGAGCCCUGGGGCAGAUCAUGCUCUACGUGGAUGGGAUGCAUGGGGUCAUAGGUCACAACGAGACCAUCCAGUGGCUCUACACACUCGUCGGCUCCAAGUUCCGCUUGGUGGUGAAGACAGCCCUCAAACUGCUGCUGGUGUUUGUGGAGUACAUCGAGUCCAAUGCGGCCCUGCUGGUGGAGGCUGUCAGUGCCGUGGACACCAAGCGAGGCUGCAAGAUGUGGUCGAAUGCCAUGGAGAUCCUGGAUGAGAAGGAUGGAAUGGAUACGGAGCUGUUGGUGUUCACCAUGACACUGAUCAACAAGACGCUGGCCGGGCUGCCAGAUCAGGACUCCUUUUACGACGUGGUGGACUGCCUGGAGGAGCAGGGCAUGGAGAGUCUGGCCCAGAGACACCUCAGUCGCAAGGGCACCGACCUGGACCUUGUGGAGCAGUUCAACAUCUAUGAGACGACGUUGAGACACGAGGAUGGGGACGAUGACGGCCAGCCGCCGCCCACGGGGUGGAAGGACCGACGGCGCGCCAGUCUGGGAGGGAGCUGCGAGAGGCGGGGCCUGGAGAGGCGGCGUAGCCGGAGGCACUCUGUCCACAGUGGGCGGGGCCACGCCUCUGCCCCCGCCUCGCCCAGCACCCCACACUGCCACGCCCACACGGGUCACUUCCUGCCGUUUUCUGGACAAAGGGUUGAGGACGUAUCAGAGAGGAACAGUCCAUACAUGGGCCGAUCCUACUCUAGCAUUAGUGCCCCCUCUACCCCCUCCAGUCGCUAUGGUGCCACGGUCUCUCCUUCAGCAGACUCCAGCUCCUCUCCUGCUGCGGGCAUUUCCCGACCACCCCUGGGGGGUUUGCUGACCUCGUCGUACCGGCAGCACCAGGAAUCUCUGGCUUCGGAGCGCGAGAGGCGGAGGAUCGAGAGGGAGGAGCGGCUGCUGAGAAUUGAGCGUGAGGAGAGGAGUCGUUUCAGCCGGGACUAUGUUGACAAAAGGGAGGAGGUCAGACAAGCCCGUGAGGAGAGGUACAAGCAGGUGGAGAAGCUGGCAGCAGCGGAGUACGAGAAGGAACGUCAGCAGACGCCCCCCCGGGGCCGCAGCGAGCUCACCCUGUCACUGAGUCCACGCCGCCCCAGCCCCAGCUCGGCGUCCAUCUGUGCGACCCUGUCAUCCGUGGAGCCCCGGCUGGAAGUCGCGGCACGCUCGCCCUCAGCCUCCUCAGUGCCCUCAGCGCCCUCAGCCUCCUCAGCGCCCUCAGCCUCCUCAGCGCCCUCAGCCUCCUCAGCGCCUUCAGCGCGCUCGCCCUCAGGUCAAGUCCGCGAUGGACACCAUGCAUUAAACCACGAGUCCAUAACUGGUGCGGAACCUGAGGCAGAGGUGGCAGGAUCUUCUUCGGAGUCGGUGGAGGAGGAGGUACCAGACAAAAGUGAUGUCGGGUGGAAGGUGAAGCAGAAAGUACAAGAGGGAAAGCCGUUGGUGAAGAAAGAGGAGGAAGAAAGAGAUGAGGAAGACGAGAGGUGCGUACGAGCGAUGGAGCCGAGUGCGGAGGUAGAGGGGGGGCAAGAGCAGGGAGCAGAGCAGGACAGCGAGGACGCCUCCCCUUUGAGCGAGAAGGAGAGGCAGAACGAGGACCUCAAUGAGAAGGACAACUGCUCAGCGUCCAGCAUCUCAUCAGCCAGCAGCACUUUGGAGAGGGAGGAGCGGGAGGAGAAACCCACCAGUGACACGGAAACAGAGACGUGGUCACAGUGCAUUAAGGAUGCAGACGUGAAUGAACAAUGUAGUAAGAUCCUCAAUAGCAAACUCUUUAUGUCGGACAUGCUUUAUUCCCAAAACAAACCUGCUAUGGAGAAUGAGGAGAAGGACGGUGAAAAGGGCCGAGAACGGAAGGUGUGUGAAGGUCAGGACCCGUCCGUGACAAGCCUGGCCAGCAGGAUCUCUACGCUGGAGGCCAACCGGCAAGCUUCCGAGGAGAACGUGAAGAAGAUGGAUGUGGAGCAUCUGGACAACCAGGGCAGUGUCCGGGCUGUGGCUGAGAAGUUUGGCGAUUUGGUGAAGGGGCUGGUGUCCCCACCAGAACCUGAGGUACCGGAGAAACAGCCAGCGCACCCAGACCGGACUAUACACUCCGCUUCACCGCUUCCUGCUAAGAAGGAGUCCGAUUACAUCUGGGACCAGCUGAUGGCAAGUCCGCGAGAGCUCCGCAUCAAAGACAUGGAUUUCACCGAUCUGGUGGAGGAGGACGACCUGGACAUCCUGGAUGUGGGUAACAUGGGGUCUGCUGACCUGAGAGACUCGGUUCCACCCCCACCCCCACCUCCCUGUCUCAACUCCUUGCCGCCCCCACCUCCCUUGUUGGGGUGUCCUCCACCACCUCCAGUCCCGGGCAUGAUGCCUCCACCCCCACCCUUUUCUUCAUCAGUGCCACCCCCACAGCUCCACCUCAGAUCCCUGCAGCUGGGCCUGGGUGAGCCCCCCGCAUUUGUAAAGAAAAAGAAGACUAUCCGCUUAUUCUGGAAUGAGGUCCGACCUGUGGAUUGGCAGCACCGCAAGCACUCACUGUGGUCCAAAUUGGACCCCGUCAAGGUUGACACGUCUAAACUGGAGCACCUCUUUGAAUCUAAGUCCAAGGAACUACCUGUCACCAAGAAAUCGGCGGCGGACGGCAAGCGUCAGGAGAUCAUUGUCUUGGACUCAAAGCGGAGCAAUGCCAUCAACAUCGGGCUCACCGUGCUGCCCCCCCCACGCACCAUCAAGACGGCCAUCCUGAACUUCGACGAGUAUGCUUUGAACAAGGAGGGCAUUGAGAAAAUUCUGACCAUGAUCCCCACAGAGGAGGAGAAGCAGAAGAUCCAGGAGGCCCAGCUGGCCAACCCGGAGGUCCCGCUGGGCAGCGCUGAGCAGUUCCUCCUCACCCUGUCCUCCAUCAGCGAGCUCUCCGCCCGCCUGCAGCUCUGGGCCUUCAAGAUGGACUACGAGGUCAUGGAGAAGGAAGUAGCUGAGCCACUGCAGGACCUGAAGGAAGGGAUGGAUCAACUGGAGAAGAACAAGACACUGCGACACAUCCUGUCCACACUGCUGGCCAUCGGGAACUUCCUCAACGGAACCAACGCGAAGGGCUUUGAGCUGAGCUACCUAGAGAAGGUCCCGGAAGUGAAGGACACAGUGCACAAGCAGUCCCUGCUGCAUCACGCCUGCGCCAUCGUGGCAGAGAACUUCCCCGACAGCUCCGACCUCUACUCCGAGAUCGGGGCCAUCACGCGGUCAGCAAAGGUGGACUUUGACCAGCUGCAGGAGAGCCUCGUUCAGAUGGAGAGGCGGUGCAAGGCAUCAUGGGACCACCUGAAACUUAUCACUAAGCAUGAGAUGAAGCCAGCACUGAAACAGAAGAUGUCGGAGUUCCUUAAGGACUGCGGCGAGAGAAUAAUCAUCUUGAAAAUUGUACAUCGUAGAAUAAUCAACCGGUUCCACACGUUCUUGCUGUUCCUGGGCUACCCUGCCUAUGCAGUGCGCGAGGUGAGCGUUCACCGCUUCAGCAAGACCGUGAGCGAGUUCGCCCUCGAGUACCGAACCACACGGGACCGCGUGCUGCAGCAGAAGCAGAAGAGGGCCAGCCACCGGGAGAGGAACAAGACCCGGGGCAAGAUGAUCACGGAAAGCGAUGAUGAAGAGGACACUGAGGACGGUAAAUUCUGCACGACCUCGGCAACUGCCCCCGAAACCCAGCCCCAGGGCCUUCAGUACGCCGAGGACGCGAAGGAGCACGAGCACAUGAAGGCAGUACUGAAGAGCAGCCUGCAGGGCGGCGACUGCGAGGCGUCUCUCCUCCCGGGGCUCCGGACACGUACCCGAGCCUCCAGAGGCCGAAUGGGCUCCUGGUCAGUUUCGAACGACGAUAACCCAGUCGUCACGGAGGACGCGGCGGAUGAGAUCAUGGAGCAAAUCGUGAGGUCCGCCACGCAGGGCCCGAGCCAGCGCACGCAGCCCCGCGAGAGGAGGCGUUCCCGUGCCAACCGGAAAUCGCUGAGAAGGACACUGAAGGGGGGCCUGACUCCAGAGGAAGCACAAGCGCUGGGUCUCAUCAGCAAUUCGGAGAUGCGGGUCUGAGGGGGAGGAGCAAGUACCUAAUCAUCCGGGGAAGGCCCACUCAUUGGCCCUUUGCCCUACGCCCCGCCCCAACCUCCUGGAAGCCGCCUCCCCCCCCCCGCACCCCUGUCACCGCUCACUGCCUCUGAAGCUGAGGCCUUUUUAGCGAGCUGUGCCCCCCGGCCCCAUUCCUUCAGGGGUGAAAAAGGAGACUGUGAAAUCACUCUCUGGUUAAAUGGGCUGAAAUGAAGCUGUGAAACAGCCUAUUAGAGAUACGUCUUUAUUUUUCUACUCACGUUAUUUACUUUGCCGAUUCCCCAGCGUCUGGGGGACGACUAUAAUUUCUCCCUGUAGCUGGAUUGUUGUUGGAGUAACUGAGGUAAUGUACUAUUCUCAAGGGUACUAAGACACUCAGGUGGAAAGGCCAGUGUUCGAGCGAGUGGCACACACAAGGCCCAUGCCGGAGGGCAUGUCACCAUAUUGGGGUUUGUUAAGUUCCGUUAGGCUGGGUGUCAAUAACUGAAGUGUUUACAGUAUUUACCUGAGGUCAUUCCUAGACGAGCACCGAGUCUGGAAAUAAGGAACCGUUCUGUUGAUUCUUGCUUGAACAUUGAAAAUAAUACUUUAAUCUGGGGAGCAAACACCCCCUGAGAUGGUGUCUGUGGAUCAGUCAGGUCAGCCCCCAGUGUGCUGGCUGUAUGUUGUACUUCCCUGUUGUGUCUUCUAAUGAGUGUAAUAAUAUUUCACACCAAAUCAAGUGCUUUAUGUUAGUCCUGCCUGGGAUAUGAAUCAGGAGGAAGCUCUCUGACCCCUAGCAACACAGAAGUCCACCCUGAACUUAAAGCACACCUGAGACCUGCAUCUCAACUCUAUUACAGUGUUUUCUUUUUUUCUAAUAGAGAAAUAGUUAGUAUGUGUGCAUAUUACUGUUAUGUUUUAAGGUGGAAGCUUAUCUCCUCUUUCGGAAACUGUGAGAAAGGGCUAUUUGCAGAAAAAAAGGUUGUUUGAAAAGGGAUUUGUUAAGGAACAAUUUUACAUGGCAAGAGGGGCUCGGAAAGUCAGGCUGUUUUUGUUGACGCUUUUUACUACAGUUUUAGAUGCAAAAGGUAUGUUAGAAAGUGACAGGAAUGUUAGAAAAGCACAACAUGUAAGUGAAAGACUGUUUCAGACGUGAAUCACGCGGCCUGUAGCUAAUGUGUAGGUUAUUCUGGGCGUGGAGAGUUCGCCCCCCCCCCCCCCCCCCCCGUGGUCAAAUCCGCAGAGUAUGACUGAGAUUAAGGAGCUUUGUCUCAUGAAAGCUGCACACGGGUGACAUUCUGACUGAGAUCCGUCACAGUGACGUGUAACGAAAACAUGCACCUCCAUGCGUUACGUGACACAUAGCGGGCGUGUAACGAAAACAUGCACCUCCAUGCGUUACGUGACACAUAGCGGCCGUGUAACGAAAACAUGCACCUCCAUGCGUUACGUGACACAUAGCGGGCGUGUAACGAAAACAUGCACCUCCAUGCGUUACGUGACACAUAGCGGCCGUGUAACGAAAACACUUCUGCGUGGAGAAAAUGCUGAACAAAAAAAAAGGUUUCAUCUGCUGUUCGUUAUGUGGAAUACGUUGUGUUUAUUUUUUAUUGAACUUUCUCAUUGUCUGUUGUUUUUUUCCCAUUUAUUUUGUUUUGUUUAAAUCUAAACAGGUAUGGAGCUGAAACGUGGGUUUUACUACAUGGGGGGGUUUCACUUUGAGCAAAGGCUUGAAUUUGGUCACCUCAUACUGCGUUGCCAUGAAAUACAUGAGUGUAUGAAUGAAAACCAAGAUGUUGCGGGAGAUGGAUUCAUUUCUGAUGGUACUCAAGCAGUGUCCUCCACCCUAUACAAGUUAUUAGGUGUUAGACAUUUGAUAGUGAACUUGGAGAACUGUGACCCAGACCCAGCUUGGAUAGUGGGGGUGACGUCAUCCUUGCUGACAAAGGACAAACUACCGCCGUCAAGCGGAGAUCGAGAGGGUUUCUGAGCAGCCAGCUGAAAGGCUGCUCUCGGGCCCAAGAACGACCGGGAGGUUCAUGCAGUCCUUAAGUAUUCAAACAUCAGGAAAGAUUUUUUUAAAAACAGAAAUGAACUGUGUCCAUUGAAGGGCUUCAGACAAACGAGUGCCUUUCAGAGUGAACUUUCUGUAUUUAUUCAGUCGCAUUUCAGGGAGAAACUCAAGCGGAUGUAACGUCGCGUGACGAGACAGCUGCUGCUCUUACAUUCAGUAGUUGAAACCCUGGAGUCAGAUGCUGUCAGAGAAGCUGACCGCCCCCAAGUCAUGUAACAGCCGUGACCAUCUUCAAUCCCCCCCACACCCUCAGUUAUACGAUACAUUGUUACACCGCUGUAGUGUUUUGGUCAAGAAACAAAACCUCAAAUUAGCCUUUUGACAAGAAUAGUUCUGCCAAACAUUUUGAAUGAUUAUCACAAAGAUUUGUUCACAACUUGGACCCGAACUACAUUUCGACAUGUAGCUUGAUUCAAAUGGCACUACGAGUCGUUCUUUCUGACUUGUUUGUUGAAAGUAAAAAAAAUAACUGUAGUAUGUACAAUACAGCACCUUAUCUACUGGUCGUAGCAUGAGAUUUCUAUUGAAAAUGAUAGUAUGGAUAUUAGAAAAAGUUGAAUCUGUAAAGUUAUAGAAAAUAUAUAAAAACAAAAGGAUACACACUGUACAAAUAUGUAAAUGUUACAACGUUGUGUUUUUCUUGUUCAUGUUUCUGUAGCAUAGUGUAUUAUAGGCUAAUUCAGUAGCAGUUUCAUUCUGUGAAUUGUAAUUUAAGAAAAGCCUGCAUGGUUAAACAUGAUUAUCUACAGGGGCAAACCAGUGAAAAAGGGAAGGUCGUCGACGCGUGAUGUCAGUGUUCAGUGAACAUCUGCUUGGAUUAAGUUCUUGCAUCGCUUUCACUCCUCACAGACUUGAAGUGAACUUUAGAAAAAUGUCAAGACUCACCGCCUACAGCUCCGGCGAAGCAGCAAAAAUAAACGAUUAAAAAAGGGAAGCUGAUCUCAGCACACAGCAAGUCCGUGCCAUGUCAAGGCGGCGCAGGGGGUGGGCGAGGAUCCGACGUAACAGUCAGGCUGUUCUGCUUAUAUAUGCACCACAUAGCAGUAUGUAUACAAUAAAAAUCUCGCAAUAAAAAUCUGUAAUAAACCAGUAAAAUAGC